AUGUCACAGCUGCUCUGUGAUGAUCUAUUUAUGUUUCACACAGAGCUGAAGAAAGUUGUUAUAUCUGUUGCGAAAGCAUCAUAUGAUAUUGUCCCGAAGGGCACCAUGGCGCGCAAGGAUGAGGUACAGAAAUGUGUCAUUGCGAAAGCCACCAAGUUACUCAAGACCAGUGAUUAUCUUCGUAUUCCUGAUUCAUCUAAUACGAAGGGCAUCCUCACUGGGUUUCACGAGACCAGCACUAAGAAAAGGUCUGUAGACGCACUUCUAGAAAAUCCUGACUGUCGUGUGGAGCUCAAGGAGAUGUUGGAGCAGUGGGCUAUGAUUGGGGCGGGUGAUCUUGAUUUUGACAAGGGCAAUACGGGAGGCAGCGAUAUGGAGGAUGUCAACAUCAUCUUAUAA